AUGGCCGAUGAUGACUUAACAAAGCAAUGGGAAAAUCUACACUUGUCAAGGGAAGAAACAACUGUUGUUCAUUUCAAGACUGAGGUUGGAAACACAAACAGCUCUAUCAGAGGAAAGCUCGGCAUCAUUGGUAGAAUUCUCUCUGAAAGAGGAGUAAAUAAUGAAGUUUUCAGAUCUACUAUGUCACAGAUAUGGAGGCUAGAAGGUUGGGUCCACUUCAAGGAUAUGAACGAACAGUGCUUCCUCAUAGAAUUCCAAAGUAAAAAAGAUAAAGACAAGAUCUUGAGUGGGAGGCCAUGGUGCUUCGACAGGAAUCUCUUAACCAUACAAGAGGUGGAUGAAUCUUUGUCUAUUAAUGUUGUUAACAUCCAAUAUGAACCUUUCUGGGUCCAGUGUUAUAAUGUUCCUCUGGCUGCUAUGAAUGAAGAGAUUGGGAUACAGAUUGGGGAAAACAUUGGUCGAGUAAUAAGAGUAGAUGCUGAUUCAGAUGGGUUUGCGUGGGGCCGCUGCCUUCGAGUCAGGGUUCAUAAACCUCUCCUGCGAGGUAUAUGCAUGACUAGAGAGCAUAAUGUACAUGGCAGUAAAGAAGGGUACAAUCAAGAUAUAAAUACUCAUGCUCAGGUGAAAGCCUCCCCCGAUCCCAUAGGCCACAGGUGUAUGAUGGACCUUGACCAAGAUACGGAUAUGAGCAAUAACCAUACCUUCCAGAACAGGGAACUGAGUCCAACAACAACCCAAGCCACCAGUCAAAGGGAGAAGGGACCACAUCUAGAAGUCAAACCUAACAUUUCUGCAGUCCAAGUUCCUACACUGCCAUAG